AUGUCAUUAUCGCGAUCACCCUCUCCCCAUCGGGGUGGAGGGUGGUCCAGCCCAGGCUUGACACCUGGCAGCGGUGUCUCUUCUCCGCGUGGAUUCUCGCCCAUGGCCAGGGCUUUCGACGGUGUCUCGUGGAAUGCGGCAAAAGUCACGGACGACGAUGCGCGCAAGUACCCAUCUUUCACCACGCGUAACAAUGGGUUCUUUUCGCGACAAAAACGGAGAAUCUCUGCGCGAAUCCCGAGCUUUCGUGGGAGGGCGCCGGGUAAAGGGUAUGUUGACAAGGAUGUUUAUGGCCGAGGCGUGUUACAUCCUAUGGGUGCCUGGAGGUCUCUGGGCCUGUCAGCAUGGUUCAGAAUAAUCUUGCGACGCGGGAAAAUGAAACUUCUUUUGGGGCUUUUGCUCCUCUGGUUGGGUUACUUGCUUCUUUGGUCAACGAUUGUUCAACUCUGCCGUGGGUCACCACUGGGUGGAGGAUCUAAAUUCGUGAUUAUCCUCGCAUCCAAUGUCGAGGGAGGCGUCAUGGAAUUGAAGGGCGCACGCGAAUGGGCUGUCGAGCGGAAUAGCAUUCGCAACAAGCGCAAGUACGCCAACCGAUGGGGAUAUAAACUCGAAAUCGCCAACAUGCUCGCCAAGAAACGCUACUCUCAUGAAUGGCGCGAGAGCUGGGAGAAAGUGGACGUGAUCCGUGAAACGAUGCGGAAGAAUCCCCAAGCUGAAUGGUUCUGGUGGCUGGAUCUCAACACGUGGAUCAUGGAGUCUCGCACCUCGUUACAAGAUCACAUCUUCAACAAUCUCGAGUCUCACGUCUAUCGCGAUAUCAACGAGUACAAUCCAUUGAAUAUCACGCAUCCACCGCCAGAAUUCUAUCUCGAUGAGCUUGAACGAACACUCGCCACCGACAGCGGUGCGGAGACCCUUCAUCUUCUCUUGAGUCAAGAUUGCUCUGGGUUCAACCUGGGCUCAUUUUUCCUUCGUCGCUCAGUCUGGACUGAGCGCUUACUCGAUACCUGGUGGGACCCCGUCAUGUAUGAGCAGAUGCACUCACGAUGGGAGCACAAAGAGCAAACCGCACUCGAAUACAUCUACCAGAGUCAGCCCUGGGUCCGCAAUGGUGUGGGCUUCCUACCUCAGCGCCGAAUCAAUUCGUUCCCACUCGGUGCCUGUGGCGAUGAGAACAAUCCCGCAUUCCAUUACCAAGAGGCGGAUCGGGACUUUGUGGUCAAUAUGGCUGGGUGCAUGUUUGGACGGGAUUGCUGGACAGAGAUUUAUACGUACCGUGCCAUCAGCAGGGAGCACAAUCGGUCGCCCUGGGAUGGGGUUUACAACUGGAUCAAUUCUGCUCGCGCACAGCUCUUUGGAUAUGUGCCGGAGGUGGAAUGA